GUCUGUUUGAUAAAACGGGUACCUGUAAGUACAUUAGAUUUUAAUCGGAAUUAAAAACAUUUCCGAUUAAAUCUAAAGUUGGUAAUAAUAAAAAACACAUUCCUCUUUUCAUGGGAAAGAGUUGAACGGAUAUAAAACAAUUGAAUUAAAUAUCAGGAAGUUUUUGUUACAGCAAUUUUUUUGAUUAACAAGGUAACUGCUUUGAAUAGAAUAACUUUGUGCUACUAUUAAGAGUAACGUUUAACAUUGUCCGGAGGAACUACACCAAUUUACGUAUUGCAAUAUUUUCUGAAAAGGGAAUGUUUUGUUUGAUUGAUAGUGAUGAAACUUUAUGUAUUGCUAGUCGAUGUUAAGACAUUGCUUAGUAUUACUUUAGGGUUAGGUUGGUUCAAGGCUAAAGUCAAUGUUAGAUUAAAAAUAUUGAUGAAACUUGGUGUAAAUGAAGCUCAUGUGAAGAGCUACCUAUUCAUUAAUUUUGAUGCGGUUUUGUCAAGUUCAAGGUAAAUGUUACAAAAAAAUAAUAAUAGUGUGCACCUUAAUUUAAUCAUGAUUGACGGAUGGUGAUACAACUUUGAUUGUAUGUAGAUGAUGUUAAGAGCUAGCUAGAGGUAACUAGAAAUUGAAAACAAAAUUAUGAUAAGGAAUUUUAUUCUUUUGAGGGCGCGUUGGUUUAUGUCAAGUCAAUGUCUUAAAAUAUGUAUGGUUUCCGCGUGUAUAUAUUUAGUUAGGAUUAAUAGACAGUGAUGCAACUUGGUGUGUAGGCAGUUAAAGUGAUGAGCUACCAUGGGAUUAAUUGAUGGAUAUUGUUGAAACUAUUGUGUUAGUUAGCUCAUGUGAAAAGCUACCUGCGGAUUGCUUUUCAGCGGGUCAUGAACAUGGUUACUAGGAAAGGAAAAAAAUGUUUAAUAUAUAAUUUCAGGACUGAUGAAUAGUGAUUAAACAUGGGGUGAAGGUAUCUUAUGGAUAAAGCUAACUAUCCUUUCCUUCUAAGAGGGGUGGGUUUCCGCCCGACAAUGUUAGUAAGAACACAUGGAUAGUGAUGAAUCUUGGUGUGUAAUAACGUGGUGUGUGUGGCAUACGUUAAAAGGUAGCUUCAGCUUGCUUUUGAGGGGGAUAUGGACAUACUAAAGGACAUGAAACUUAGUUAGAAUGUAGAGGAACGAAACUAAUCAAAUCAGAUACUUAGAUAUGUCUCUUCGUCACUAAUGGAAAUAGAGAGGCUGCUGCCUUAUUCUAACUCAUACAGGGAAUUAAUUGGCUCUAAUUCCCAAUUAACCAUAUUGAAAUUCUGCUGUCGGUGGCGAUUUUAGUUUUUAUUAGAACAAGUCUAAAUGAAAGUUUGUAAAACAUAAUGUUUGUCAAACUGAUAUGACCACUUGGUAUUGUUUUAUAUAUAGAUUUGCAAUAAAAAAUAUUUUAGGUAGGUCAUCAAACAAUAAGCAUAAACAUAGAGUUACGACAUUUGCCAGUAAGUACAUUGUAUGCAAAUAAUCUAAACAUUCAUAAGUAGUUCAUGUUGAAUCUAGUCUAAACGUUUAAUUGCUUUGUUUGGUUUACAGUUAUUACAGGUUUAAUAUAAGCAUAAAAUUACCAACAAACAUUAAGACUAAUUAUGAGAUAAUCCAAGAGUAAACAAGUUUAUUAUAACUAGCUGCUGCCCUAAUUUACAACUUAAACAUUAUAAAUUAAACUAGAAAGGAUUCAUUUCAUUUACGGUUUCGUAAAUAGUAAAUUAUUUUUCAAGUUUUGACAUCCAAGAACAAGAAGAAUAAGAAGACAUGAUCAAUCUGAGUUUGCUGGUUGGCGUGAUAUUGAGCAUUUCAAGAACAAGCGUUGCUGUGACGAUUAUUGACGGAAUGGAGGUGGACUGCAGUCUUAACUGUGUUUGCUGCAAGGGAGGACUUCAAAGGUGUGGUAAAAACUAUAACUUUGGAGACAAUUAUUGUUUUGACGGUUGUGUUGAUGGAAUGUAUGGUCACAGAUGUCACAAUCAUUGUCCCGAAAACUGCCACGCGUGCAACUUCUAUAUUGGAAGACCAUGCUACACCUGCAAGGAAACAUUUUACGAUAUGAACAGUUUAUGUAAUAAGUCCUGCUCCAACGGAUGUGAUGGGGGAUCCUGUUAUGAUAAUGGAACGUGUAGUCCAUGUUUAUACCAUUAUGAAGGAAGUAAAUGCGAUAUUUGCAUACAAGGGAACUAUGGUACAAACUGUAACAGUACAUGUGAUCAUCAGAACUGUCGAUGUACUGAAAGAAAGGGAUGCGAUUCUUGUAAAACGGGAUUCUAUGGGAGAAACACGUUCUGUCAGACACCUUGCUCGAUAGGAUGUCAGGACGGCGUUUGUAAUGAUGAUGGAAGUUGUAAAUGUCGCGAAAGCUUUUCUGGUGUCUCGUGCAUGGAAUGUAUAAAUGCGUAUUAUGGAGUAGACUGCAAUACAAGAUGUUUCAGUGGAUGUUUUGGUGAAACAUGUAUGAGAAAUGGAGCAUGUUAUCGCUGUAAGCCUGGUUAUUUUGGGAAACAGUGCAAUAGCACUUGUUCAGUUGGAUGUAGCGCUGGUGUUUGCAUGAGAGAUGGUUCAUGUACCUGCAGUGAGAAUUUCAUUGGUACACCAUGUGAUGCGUGUGUUGAAGGAAAAUAUGGGAACGAAUGCCAGUACAAUUGCAGUGGCGGAUGUUCUACACCAUACUGUGACAAAACAGAAGGACGAUGUACUAACGGUUGUAUUGAUGGCUAUUCAGGUAACACGUGUACAGAACCUUGCGAUUUAAAUUGUGCCUCCUGUCAGCAGAGUGAUUUGUUGCAUUGCACGUCAUGUUUUAAUGAUAAUUCUGGAUCAAGAUGCGAAUGUCCUCCGAACUGCGUAUGUGACGAAGGCAGUGAUAGAUGCACUUCAUGUUUAAAUAUGUACUCUAACCAAGAAUAUGACUGUAAAUGCCACACGAAGUUUUGUGAUGAGGAAAAGUGUAAUACUUGCAUUAACAAUGAAUACUUUGUUAACGAGGGUAUACGCAGUUGUUGUCCAUGCCCUAGUUCCUGUAAAGACACACUAUGUUCGUCACAAUACCAAUGCUUACAAGGAUGUGAAGAUGGAAAGCAUGGGAAAGAUUGUUCUAGUCAUUGUUCUGAUUAUAGUAGCAUGUGUCGAAAAUGUUCGCAGAAAAAUGGAACAUGCACGGAGUGCAAAGUGGGAUUUUAUCCAGAUGGACGUGGUAUUUGCUCAGUCUGCAGUGAACGAUGCAUAGAUAGGUCAUGUAAUGCAAGCAGUGGAAGAUGUAUUGCAAAUUGCGUUGACAGCUAUUGGGGUGAAAACUGUGACAAAAGUUGUAAUACUCUUUGCAAGGCAUGCAAUAAAAUAACAGGUAAUUGUUUUACUUGUGCACAUCCAUCUUUGAACGGGGUAUACUGCAACUCAACGGCCAUUACAUCGGGGAUCAGUGUAGGACUAACUGCCGGCAUAGGAUUUAUCGGACUUGCUGUUGGACUGUCAACUGCUUUGACCAUAGUGUACAUUCGCAAACAAAGGCGGAAAGUAAACCAAAACAACGAUGCUUAUAGACUACAAUCAUCUGAUGCAAGUCCUACGAAUACAGUUGCAGAAGGCAAGUCGAUGUACGAGGAACUAGAUAAAAGACAAGGUGGUGCAUCUCAUGACAGACCACAGUAUGAAAUGCUUCAAAUCUAAUAUCAUCCCAGUGACAGCAUUAAGUAAACCUAGACACAGAGGGAGAUAUCUAGAUCGCUGUGGAUAAUUAACAUGAAACUUUGAUCACGUGAUUUCAUAACUUAUUAACGGGUGAAAAUAUACGUGACCUUUGUUUUAUACAGUUGGUGUAAAUUAUUGCUAUCAUCGAUUGCUUUUCGCAUUUUACAUUUUAAACAUGAUUUCUUACUUCAAAAUACAUUCGUCUAGUGUAAGAUCAUAUUCUUUGUCAUGAGAGUCAUUGGAUAUAAUUACACGACCGGGAAGCCAGGAUUGAAAAUACACUUCUAUGAUCACGAAUAAAAGGAAACAAUAAUAAAAUUGACUAAGACUAAAAUUAACGAAGGUUUGUUAUGACAAAGGAUUUUUAUAUUCAUUUUCAUUUCUUGUAUUUUUGUUAAUUUGUCUUUUUUUGCUUUCCAUUUUGCUACCCGUAUUUUCAUCGCUGAAGACAAACAUUGUCAUUCCUACGACGGCAGUGGAGAAAAAGUUCUUCAAAAUUACAUCCUUUUCUGUUUUAGUGCAAACAUUUUAUAAACACUCACCUUUAAACUUUUUUUAGGGAAUUUUUGUUCCAAAUGAUAGCAUUUGAUACACGAAAAAGGCCAUGAAUAAAUUGACCAAAUUUCAUUGGCUGAAUACAAUAUGUGUAAGGCAAAAAAACAGUACAAGUUCCAAUUAUUAACGUUUGUUUAAUGAUGCACUUCAAGAACUCUUAUUGUACGAUUCGCUUGCGUACCAGCCGUUUCAGAGGAAUAAUGAUAACUUCCAGUACAAGUUUGGAAAUUAUGAUUACAAUGUCCAUGACAAAUAUUAUUUCUUGAUAUCAAAGUAUCAUUUCUGACAUGCGUUUCUGGUUCAAACGUGAGACACUCAGAUUUGAUCUAAAUGAAGUUACAACAAAUUGACUUUUAAAGUAGUUGUUAUCUUAAUUCCUUAGUUUCUAUUGAAAUUAUCAAAUAUAUGUAUUUACUGCUGUUAUUUCACUAGUUCGACCGUAAAAUAUUAAAAAAAGUAUAAUACAAUUAUCAUAAGGAAAUAACUUAGUUGAUUAAAACAAGUUCGGUAAAUAAAUUGGAAUUAUACUGCCUUUAUCAUACAACGCUUCAUUUUAAGUUCGAAAACUAAAUAGCUAGCACAGUAUCACUUUCAGCAUGUCAUAUUAAUUGGAUUGAAACCCAAAUACUUGUUCAUGCCUAAAAAAACAAACAUUUUCCAGGGCUGAUUUUUAUCCAUGAAUUUGGUUUUAUUGUAUGUAGGUAGCAAUAUGUUAGGCGUACUAUAGCAUGUGAUAUUACCAUUUACUUAACUUAUUUUUUGUUUUAUGUUUGAAAAUUGAGAUAUUAUAGGUGAAUAAUGGUAGACAAGCGCAAAAAGUUAAAUUGUAAAAACACAAUUUGGAUAUUUCUUCCUUCAUAUUUCAGAUACUCUCCUACCUAUUGUUAUUAUAGAAAGUUGAUUCAAAACUUCCCACAUGUUUUAAAGCCGCGUUUGUUUGAAAGUUUUUCUGAUGAAAUCGAUUUCAAUUUGAGAUAACAGCCGUAAAGAGUAAAUGUAUUUAUGCUCCUUCUUUGAUAUAUUUUAGAAAACGGAAAAUAAAAUCCAAUUACAUUUUAACAAAUGAAUGUAUUUUAUUUGAUGUUAUCACAUAUAUUUUUCUUUAGACCAAUACUUUUCAUGCCUAAACUGUAAAUGAAAGCAUGUAAAUAUGAAAUACUUUUACUUUUAGACAUACUUCUUCUCUUUGUAACGAAAAUACGUAUGUAUAACCAAUAUUUUGUAUGCAUUAUCUGUAAAAAAAGCCUGAAAAUAGGAAAUACUUUUACCUGUUGACAGACUUUUAUUUCUUUUUGAACGGUACACAUUAACACACAUGUUUGACUUGAGCACUGGAUGCUGCGUUAAUAUUAAUGGCAUUGACCUACGAAACUAAUAUGUCAUGUUAAUCUUCCUCGUUGUAGUUAGUCAUGAUACAUGUAUUAUAACCCAUAGAGCUUUUAUACAAACACAUAAUAUUAAUGACACAACUAUAUUUGUUGUUUUAUUUAUACCACUUCACCUUUGUUAAAAUACCAAAUAGCAUUGCAUAUUAAAACUACUACCUUUUAACAACAUGUAUUUCUUCUGUACCGAUAUAUUGAAGAUGAUAAGAAAACAUUAAUUUUUAGAUUUAACAUAAUUAUAACUUGUACACUAGCUAUAACAAUGUCAAUGUUACUAUCUUUGUUACAUCUUCACGAAUAUGUACAUUAUAUUCGCUAUCUAUACAUGUUGUUAAAUCUUAAGCUUAAUAAACGUGUAGUAAUAUUUCCUGUUAUUACCUGUUCAUUGACAGUUUUUUGUUUGUUUUAUUGAAAGCAAUAAUGGGUGGUACACUGACAAUGCGCCCGUACGAGCAAAGAAUGGCGCGUUUACAUUAUUACAUUUAGUCAGGUGUAUCACUUUGUAAGCUAGGGAAAUAAAUCGCCAUGAAUGAAUGAUUGAACAAACGCAUGGCUUAUGUAUAUGGUAAAGAAUUAACUUGUAUAAUAUCAUAUUUGUAUUUCAAUAAACACAAUGAAAACAUUUUAAGGAUGUAUAAUAUGUGUUGUUCCAAGGCGGUACCUAACAAUUCUUGAUAAACAUACCAAAUAUAUAAAUAAAUAAUAA